CAACAACAACAACAACCGCACAGUGCAGAAAACCAACCAGGACACCCAGUCCAACAUUAGUCCCCCUCAGCAGAGUGAAGCAGAAGGACACCCCAACUCCAGACCCAAGGGUCCACCCCACACACAGCCUCAGGCUCAGCCGCACCAACCGGCCCCUUCCCCGCGCAGAGAUCUCCCCAACCGACGGCUGGACCCAGAGGAGAACCGGCCGGGAAAGUCCAGUCUCUAUCAGUCAGGUCUCGGUGCAGCGACCCGGAACAGCAGCCGCCCGCCUGUCGUCUUCAACCGGCGCUCCUCCAGCCUGCUUUACCAGUUCGACAUCCUGAGGCGAGAGUCCGACUUCACACAUGAUGCCUUUUGCAUGAACGAGUGCAGGAAGGAGAAGGAGGAGAGAGAGUAUUACUGCUACAGUGAGUUUGCUGUCAAUGGGAUAGUUCACGACAUCGAUGUGUUGCGUAAAGGCAUACGCCUCAUUACACUGAUGGUGAGCAGUGAUGGCUUCUACAAGAUGAGUCGUCUCUAUGUGACCCCAGACAGCUUUUUUUUCAAAGUUCGCCUUCUGGUCCUGGACACCUACAAGUGCAGCAAGCCCUGCCCUGAUAUCAAACUCGGGACCAGAUACAUUAUAAUGGGCCAGAUCUACCACAGGAGGCGCCAUCUUCCAAGUGACCUCCUGAACCUACUGGGAGGUAAACUGAAGCCCGGAGACGGCCUCCUGCGAAGCAACAACUACGUCAAGAGGUUCAACAAACGGAGGCACCAAAAAGCCCUGGAGGCCACCCGAUCCAGGUGUAGGUGAACCAAAGAUAAGACUAUCGCCCCCUACUGCAGGGGAAGAGACAUUGCAGCUUACCUGAACUGAUCAUAACUAACCCCUCAGUAUUGUGCAAGACAGAAGACAUUUUGCAGAAGGUAUGGAUUUAUUUUCACACGGACUGCUAUGAUGUAUCCUUAUCCUGGUUCAUCUUUUUUACUCUGUAAAGUUCCUGAAGUACUGACUUGUGGGUUCUUUGGUACAAACACAAAACACAAGCAGCUUUAAUUAAAUGGAUAUUCCACGAUCAUUUUGUUACGUUUGGGACAUCAAACAAGGGUGUCCUCACUAUUAUUUAAAAAAAAACAACUCCACUCAAACUCCUCAUUCAUUCGUGACUGGUUCAUGAAGUCCCUAAAUUAAAAAUGUAUACAAUUUGCUCACUUUUAAAGGGAUAUUUGGCUCAUCUGAAGAACAAUUAGCCACAAAAUUAGUUUAUAGACAGGGUAUACUGUAUAUUAUUAUCUUGCAUCAGCAGUCACAUUGGCAUGUUACUGUUUUAUUCGUGUGCAUUUAGCAAGCCUAUAUUUGUGCUGAGAGAGAAACAUAGUUAGAUCCAGUCUCUUUAUUCCCACUAUAAUCCAAGCACACAUAUGAACAUGCCUACAGAUAAGGUAAUUGGUUUAAUGUUGUUUUUCUAGCUGGCGCAGUAGUUUUUCUAAGCAUGCUCCCAUAUUAAACAAUACCAGAAGACAAACUCUUUUACACAAUAUUUUUUUCAUACAAACAUCCUGUUUAAAAAAUUAAAUAAUGGCUAUUGGUUAGUGCAUUUUAGGAUCUGUAGAAACCCUGGAUCUCAUUUAGCAAAAAUCCAACAUUUUAAUCAUGUUGAUUCCUUUGAUUAAUCAAUGAUGCUUCUAAAUUUGUAUGAAUGCAAAAUGUUGUAUUGCACCAAAUAUUGUUUUGUAACAUUCAAUCCCAUGCAUGUUGUCACUGUGGUUGUUAUUGGUAAGUAGGAAAUGCACUAUUAUUGUAACAUGGACCAAAGGGAGGGAAUGAAGGGCCUGAAAAAGCAGCGACAAA